AUGGCGGAACGUCAUCCAACCCUGACGCAGCCAUUCGCCGAGCGAGCCAAGACGGCAGCGCACCCGCUCACGCGGUACCUUUACCGGCUGAUGGACGUCAAGGCGUCCAAUCUCUGUCUCAGUGCCGACGUCACGACGGCACGGGAGCUGCUGACACUCGCCGACAAGGUCGGGCCGUCGAUCGUGGUGCUCAAGACGCACUACGACCUGAUUUCCGGGUGGGACUACAAUCCGCAGACGGGCACGGGCGCCAAGCUGGCGGCGCUGGCGAGGAAACACGGCUUCCUCAUCUUUGAGGACCGCAAGUUUGUCGACAUUGGCAAGACGGUGCAGAUGCAGUACACGGCCGGCACGGCGCGCAUAAUAGAGUGGGCGCACAUCACCAACGCCAACAUGGACGCGGGCAAGGACAUGGUGCGCGCCAUGGCCGAGGCGGCGGCCAAGUGGAAGGAGCGCAUCCACUACGAGGUCAAGACAUCGGUCACGGUCGGCACCCCGGUCUCGGACCAGUUCGACGAGGCCGAAGAACAGGGCGACGAGACCGCUGGGGAUGGCAGCAAGCUCGAGGUGAAGGACCAGCGGCAAAAGGAGGACGGUGGAAGCAGCCAGGCGGCGGACGACAGGAAAAACAGCAUCGUCUCCAUUACGACGGUCACGCAGCAGUCGUUUGAGCCGGCCGACUCGCCGCGACUGACAAAAGCGCACGACCAGGCGGGCGGCGACGACGCCGUGUUCCCGGGCAUUGAGGAAGCUCCCGCCGACCGUGGACUGCUGCUCCUGGCGCAAAUGUCGUCCAAGGGCUGCCUCAUGACCCCGCAGUACACGCAGGCGUGCGUCGAGGCGGCGCGCGAGAACAAGGGCUUUGUCAUGGGCUUCGUGGCGCAGCAGUGCCUCAACGCGGCGCCCGACGACAAUUUUGUGCACAUGACGCCCGGGUGCAAGCUGCCGCCGCCCGGCGAGGAACCAAUGGGGAAUGGCCAGCUUGAGGGCGACGGACUCGGCCAGCAAUACAACACGCCGACCAAGCUGGUUGAAGAACUGGGAACCGACAUUGUCAUUGUGGGCCGCGGCAUCAUCUCGGCGGGCGACCCGCCCUCGGAGGCGGAACGGUACAGGAGAAAAGCGUGGAAGGCGUAUCUGGCGCGUCUGGGGUAA